AUGGGUACCAUAAGUGAAAAACAGAUGACUUUUUCUUUGACUAAUGCCAUGUCUUCAGAAGAAAGCAUUCCUGAACCAAUAUCAGCCAACAUCUUUGCCCCAAAACUACUUUCAAAUAAUGAUUUUGAUGAACCUCAACCCUCUUCUUCAGGCCUGAACAUGAAAACCCUAUCUAGUUACAAGUCAAAAGAUAGAGGUAAGCCUUCUUUUCCCUGGAAAUUCAUUCUGCCAAAGCGUGGUGUCUCCAAACUCAUUUUCCAAGUGGUGGCUUCCACUGAGAAACGCAGUGGUGUCUCCCUGCAAGCCCUCAAAAAGAGUGUUGCAGCCACUGGCUACAGCCUGGAGAAGCGGAAGAACCAUUUCAAGAGAGUCUUGAGGGCCUUGGUGGCCAAAGGAUUGUUGAGGAAGUUGACUGGGCGUGGACUGACAGGCUCCUAUGGGAUUAGUAAAAUAAUGUUGAAAGUACUGAGAAGAAGAAAGAGGAAAAGCAGGAGGAGAAGGAAGAGGAGAAAGGCAAUAGCUGUCCUUAAGAAAAAGAAACUUGGCAAGCAAAGGAAGAGGAAAAGAAGCAGGUCAAGGAAAAAGAAGACCAAGACUGAACAGUCUGAUCCAUCCAAUUGUUGUAGUGAAAAGUCAGUGAUGACAUGA